CUUGCCAACGAAGGGAGCAACUAGCCAUGCCGACUCAAACAAUAUAGCAAACGAAAAACCAGACCCACAGAGAGAGAGAGAGAGAGAGAGAGAGUAACAAACAAAAUAACAGAGAAAAGAGGGGGAUGAUAGGAAGCAGAAACCGGGGGGUGUUUAGUGUAGGUGUGUGUGGGCAAGAAGAGCUUGAACUGUCCAGAGAUGGCAGCCAUUACAGUCUAUCUACCGGCAUAUUGCCUUCUCUUGGCGCUCGAAGCAACCGCCGAAACAUCCUUCGACCUUUCAUUAUCUCCCCCUACGACCGCCGUUACAGAAUAUGGCAGACUUUUCUGGUGAUUCUGGUUAUAUACACGGCAUGGGUGUCGCCAUUUGAGUUUGGAUUCCUCAAGGAACCGAUAAGAUCACUCUCCAUUGCAGACAACGUUGUCAACGGAUUCUUUGCAAUUGACAUAGUUCUUACCUUCUUCGUUGCCUAUCUUGACAAAACUUCCUACUUAUUAGUGGAUAGCCACAAAAGAAUCGCCUGGAAAUACGUUAGUUCUUGGUUUGCCUUUGAUGUCAUCUCCACGAUCCCUUCAGAGCUCGCUCGAAAAAUCUCCCCUUCCCCCCUUAAAACCUAUGGAUUCUUCAACAUGCUUCGCCUCUGGCGUCUCCGAAGAGUCAGUGCUCUGUUUUCUAGAUUGGAAAAGGACAAGAACUAUAACUAUUUCUGGGUUCGUUGUGCUAAGCUUAUAUGUGUCACGCUUUUUGCUGUUCACUGUGCUGGAUGCUUCUAUUAUCUUCUUGCUGCUCGGUAUCAUGAUCCCAAGAGGACGUGGAUAGGAGCACAAAUGGGGGAUGAUUUUGAGGAACAGAGCUUGUGGUUGAGAUAUGUGACUACUAUAUACUGGUCAAUUACAACCUUAACAACUGUCGGCUAUGGAGAUUUGCAUCCAGUAAAUUCCAGAGAGAUGACCUUCGACGUCUUUUAUAUGCUCUUUAACCUGGGAUUAACUGCGUAUUUGAUUGGUAACAUGACCAAUCUGGUUGUCCAUUUUACAAGUCGAACUAGACAAUUUAGGGAUACCAUACAAGCUGCGGCAAGCUUUGCACAGAGGAAUCGAUUGCCUGUUCGGCUACAAGAUCAGAUGCUUGCACAUUUGUGUUUGAAGUUCAGAACAGAUUCAGAGGGGUUACAGCAGCAAGAGACACUUGAUUCUCUUCCUAAAGCCAUAAGAUCAAGCAUUUCUCAUUAUCUCUUCUAUUCUGUGGUAGAUAAGGUUUAUUUAUUUCGUGGGGUCUCAAAUGACUUGCUUUUCCAACUGGUCUCGGAAAUGAAAGCUGAGUAUUUUCCACCCAAAGAAGAUGUCAUCUUGGAGAAUGAAGCUCCCACAGAUUUCUACAUUCUAGCGACUGGUGCUGUGGAGCUGUUAGUUUUGAAAAAUGGGGUAGAACAAGUGGUGGGAGAGGCAACCACUGGUCAACUCUGUGGUGAGAUAGGGGUACUCUGUUACAGGCCACAACUCUUCACGGUUCGAACCAAGAGAUUGAGCCAACUUCUUAGGCUGAACCGUGCCACCUUCCUCAACAUUGUGCAGGCCAACGUUGGAGAUGGCAACAUAAUCAUCAACAAUCUCCUUGAGCAUUUGAAGGAACAGGAAGACCCAAUGAUGAAGAGUGUGUUGGUGGAGACAGAGAACAUGCUGGCUCGUGGAAGGAUGGACCUACCGCUUAGCCUCUGCUUCGCUGCUCUUAGAGGAGACGACUUGAUGUUACAUCAGUUGUUGAAACGAGGCUUGGAUCCCAAUGAAUCUGACAACAACGGAAGAACUGCUCUCCAUAUUGCAGCAUGUAAAGGAAGUGAGAACUGUGCCGUGCUUCUAUUGGAUUACGGGGCUGAUCUCAACGUUAGAGAUUGUGAAGGGAAUGUACCACUAUGGGAAGCAAUACUGGGUCAUCACCAAUCAAUGGUGAAGCUAUUAGCAGAAAAUGGAGCUUCCUUGAAAUUCGGAGACGUGGGUCAUUUCGCCUGCAUUGCAGCAGAACAGAAUGACCUUAACUUGCUCAAAGACAUAGUCCGAUAUGGAGGAGAUGUCACACUUCCUAGAAACCACAAUGGAACCACAGCCCUCCACGUCGCAGUCUCUGAAGCCAACGUUGAGAUUGUCAAGUUCCUGCUGGAUCAUGGGUCUGACGUAGACAAACCAGACAAGGAAGGGUGGACCCCAAGAGAGCUUGCAGACCAGCAAGGUCAUGAAGAAAUCAAAACCAUUUUUGCAUCCACAAAGGAACCCAAAGCUCAGUCUGUUGUAUCCAUGCCUGAGAGACACAGCACAAAGAUCAGAUACCUAGGAAGGUUCACUAGUGAGCCAUCCAUGCCUGUGGCUCCACAAGAUGGCCCGCUUCGUGGCAAUGAUAGGUCGUACGGCGGGAGCAGGCCGAGGAGGAGGACGAAUAAUUUUCAUAAUUCUUUGUUUGGGAUUAUGUCCGCUGCUCACAAGGGGGACAACAUGGAGGAUUUGAUGCUUGGUGUAAAUAAGGAAAAAUGUAUGGGGAAUGAUGUUGAUAAUGGAGUUGGUGGAGGGUGUUUGGCUGCUAGGGUUACUAUUACUUGUCCAGAAAAUGGUGAGGUUGGAGGAAGACUUGUGCUGUUGCCUGAGAGCUUUAAGGAUCUGAUUGAGAUUGGUGUUAAGAAAUUUGGAUUGAGCCAUGAUAACGUCAAGGUUCUGAACAUAGAUGGGGCUCAGAUUGAUGAUAUUGAUGUUGUUAGAGAUGGUGACCAUCUGGUUUUUGCCUCUGCUGGUGGUCUUGUGCGCCAAUCCAGUUGCCCGGAACCAACUCAAAACAAUGUUUUGUGAAAAUCUUCCUUCCUUCUUCAUCUGAUCAAGCAAUUUCCAUUGGCCUGAGAAGCUCCCCAAAAAGAAAAAUCCAGCUUAUUAUCUUUUGUCUUCCCACCUGCUGCUUCAUUUCACUUCACUGUUCAUCCCAAUUUCAAAGAAAUAGAAAUAUAAACGGAUGAUUCACUGUUUUAGUCUCACUUUGUGAAAAGUAAAUGUUUUGUUUUUCAUGGCUGCUAAGAGCUCAGAUUGAGAAAUAAUAUACUUCAAUUGUCUAUAGAUCCCUUGCUUUCUACUGUA